CAUGCUACUGGAAAAAAACCUCUUUCGAAAUGCUCUCCAUUUCUCAUUCAAAAAUUAUUUGAAUCAACUGUUGGACACUUGAAAAAGAUCCAGAAAUUGAGGUCAGGGGACCUGCUGAUAGAAACAGCCUCACCUCAACAAUCAGUAAAACUAUUGGCAACAAAGACAAUGGGAGACAUGGAAGUUACUGUAACCCCACAUGGAAGUCUAAACUCAUCACGUGGGGUGAUAUCCGAAAUAGAUCUGAUGUCAGAAGACGAAUCAAAUAUCCAAAUUGGUUUGUCAGACCAAGGUGUCACUGCAGUCCGACGCAUUUCCAUUCGUCGAGAUGGCAAGUUGAUACCAACAAAACACCUUAUAUUGACAUUCGACAACCCGACAUUGCCAUCCUUCGUUACAGCAGGAUACUUGCGCUGCCCAGUUCGCCCUUAUAUUCCAAAUCCGCUGCGAUGUUUCAAAUGCCAGCGAUUUGGACACUCCCAGACCUCCUGCCGAGGCAAAAGCUUAUGUGCACAGUGUGGAAUUGAAGGUCACGACAGUACUGAAUGUAAAAGUACUCCACACUGUGUGAACUGUAAAGAUGCCCAUCCUGCUUACUCCCGGAAAUGCCCUGCAUGGCAAAGAGAAAAGGAGAUUCAACGGGUGAAAACUGUGAAAAAUGUAUCUUAUCCAGAAGCCCGUCGCAUGGUCACUCCAAGUGCACCAUUGCAGCAAAAGACAUUUGCUGCAGUUUUGAAAUCUACUAAGACAUGUGGGGUUCAAACAGAUAUUUCUGUUUCCCCAAGUGAAUCUCUUACCCGCCAUGCAAAGUGUUUAUUGAUCCCAUCUGCACAAACAGAAGAAAAGGAGAACACAAAGGCCAAAAUUUCUGUAACUAAAACCGGGAUAACAACCAGAAAUAUGGGUUCUAAAAAAGCCAGUAAGAACCCACUUAACAAACAAAAAGUAAAAUCAGCCCUUUCUAGAGUCUCAAAAAAAUCAGAAGCUCAAUCUAUGAGCGAGUUUUCUGACAUAUCUGACGAAGAGCCUAAUAUGGAGGUGACAAAACCAACGUCACCUCCAAAAGAAAAACCCCCUGUUAAAUUAAAGAGGGAUAACCUCGCUAAGAAUGCUGCCUCAAACACAUAAUGGGUUAUAAAAUAACCCAAUGGAACUGUCGUGGUUUUCGCAACAACUUCUCUGACAUUAAACACUUGACAUCAUCUACCCAAUCUCUCUGCGUGGCACUCCAGGAAACUUAUUUAAAACCUGGAGAAAAUAUUUUUUUAAAAGGAUUUGAUCUAUACCGCAAGGAUGAUGAUAGCCACAACCGUGCCAGUGGAGGUGUGGCUAUCCUGGUUUCAAAUCGCACUCCAUCCUCACCGGUACAAAUAACCACUGAUUUGCAAGCUGUGGCAGUCAGAAUUUCAAUUGGAGUAACUGUCACAGUUUGCUCUAUAUACUUGCCACCAGAUGUCAGAGUCAAUGAGGAUGAAUUGGAUGCAUUAGUUGAACAGCUGCCAACACCAUUCCUUUUACUUGGUGAUUUUAAUGGUCACAAUCCUAUGUGGGGCAGUCCUGACAUUAAUCGUCGAGGCAGAGCCAUUGAACGACUCAUAGGCAAUCAGCAAAUGUAUUUAUUUAAUACUGGAGAUGUGACAUACUUCCAUGCCCCAACAAGAACUUUCACUGCCAUUGAUCUCUCAUUAGCCACUUUGAACCUAUUUUCAGCGUUUACAUGGGAGGUUGGAUCAAAUCCACUUUCCAGUGACCACUUCCCAAUUUUUCUAAAAUAUCGAGGCAGAGAUAGCUGUGAAACAGCCCGUCUACCACG